CUCGGAAAAAAAAUCUUUCCUGCUCCUCUGCUCUCUCUCUCUGUGUCUCUCUCUCCCCACAUCUCUUGAGGCGGAAGCAAAGCGAAGCGAGGCGAGUGUGCGGCGGCGAGAUGGACGGCGGUGGCGAGGAAGGGCAGCAGCAGCAGCACCUGGUGCUUGCGCACAAGCUGUUCCUCCUGUCGCACCCAGAUGUCGACGACCUCGCCAAGGUCGGCCUUCGCGGAGAGGUCCUUGCCGCAGUGAAAUCCGAUGACAUGGCGGCGCUGUACGAAUCGCUCGCGGCCGACGGCGUGCUGGAGAUGGACGCGCCGCUGCUCGCGGAGAUGCGCACCAGGAUCGAGGAGGAAACCCGGAAGCUUGACGAGAAGAUCGCUGAUGCUGAAGAGAAUUUGGGUGAGAGUGAAGUCCGUGAAGCCCAUCUAGCCAAAUCCUUGUAUUUUGUAAGGGUUGGCGAGAAGGAAAAAGCUCUGGUGCAACUUAAAAUUACUGAAGGAAAAACUGUAGCUGUUGGGCAAAAGAUGGACCUCGUUUUCUACACUCUACAGAUUGGCCUUUUCCAUAUGGACUUCGAUCUCAUCUCAAAGUCCAUUGACAAGGCCAAAAUCUUGUUUGACGAGGGUGGUGAUUGGGAGAGGAAGAACAGAUUGAAAGUGUAUGAAGGCUUGUACUGCAUGGCCACUAGAAAUUUUAAGAAGGCUACUAGCUUAUUUUUGGAUUCUAUUUCAACUUUUACGACUUAUGAGUUGUUCCCCUAUGAUACUUUCAUCUUUUACACGGUCCUUACCAGUGUUAUCACGCUGGACCGUGUAUCUCUAAAACAGAAGGUUGUAGAUGCACCUGAGAUCCUGGCUGUAAUUGGCAAAGUACCUCACCUCACCGAGUUUCUCAAUUCCCUCUACAAUUGUCAGUACAAGUCAUUUUUUGCAGCAUUCUCUGGCCUGAUGGAGCAGAUCAAGUUAGACCGUUACUUGCAACCUCAUUUUCGUUACUUUAUGCGUGAAGUGCGCACUGUUGUCUACUCACAAUUUCUUGAGUCAUACAAGAGUGUGACGAUGGAAGCAAUGGCUGCCUCAUUUGGUGUGACAGUUGAUUUCAUAGACCAAGAAUUGUCACGCUUUAUUGCUGCUGGGAAGCUUCACUGCAAGAUUGAUAAGGUUGCUGGUGUCUUAGAGACAAACCGGCCUGAUGCUCGGAAUGCCUUCUACCAGUCAACCAUCAAGCAAGGAGACUUCCUGCUGAACCGCAUCCAGAAGCUCUCUCGAGUCAUUGACCUGUAGGCUUUCCUUGUGUUGGAGCAGCUCCUUGCCAGAAUCCUCAAUCUCACGGUACAAGACUAUUUGCUUUGGCUCCUUGAGAGUCCUAGCAGUAGCGGUUUGCAUUUUGCAUUUCAGGUCUGUCGCAGGGGGAAAGAGUCAGGUUAAUCUAUUUAUUUUUUAUCUGAGAAUUUGACCUGUAACCUAAAUAUAUGGAUCGAGGAAACUAUAGAGCGUUGCUUGUAGACAGUUGCUUCUCUGAUAAAUCCAUCCAUUUAUUUCGACUUA